AUGACCAACCUACACUCAGUCCUAGUUGUUGGAGGCUGUGGCUUUUUGGGACAUCACAUCGUAGAUUUCCUGUUAGCGAAAAACGAGAACAUUCAAAUUUCCGUCAUGGGACGUUCGAAUACCCGUCACCGGAGACCUCAAGUCCAAUAUCUGGAGGGCGACCUGCUGUCUGAAAGCUCUGUACAAUCGAUAUUCCACCAAGCCAACCCUCAGGUCGUGAUCAACACAGUCGCUCCGAUCACUUUUCCCCGGAAUGGAACACCGGAUUCCCAUUACCGGAUCAACGUGGAUGGAACGUCGAACUUGCUGAGAGCUGCUGCCGCUUGCCCUUCCACUGCAGCAUUCAUAUACACUUCAUCUGCUCAUACUGUCCUCGCGACUGACUAUACCGAUGCCAAAGAGUCGGAUUCUGUCGAUGAUCAUCGUGACAGUCGGCGUUUUCCGACGUCCACGAAAGCUCUCGCCGAUGCAGCAACACUCGCAGCGAACAAUGCUUUGCCCAUCAAGGCCGGUGGUCUGCGCACAGCGACCAUCAGACCUUGUGCUAUAUUCGGCGAAGACGACUCGCAGCUUCUGCCAACAAUACUUUCACAGUUGGAUCAUGGUCAACAGAAUUAUCAGAUCGGACACAACACUGCCAUGUACGACUUUGUCUACGUCGGAAACGUCGCUGAAGCUCACAUACUGGCUGCUGAAGCGCUUGUGCGAGAAUCGGCUGGGGCAGCAGAGGAAGGCAAGCAAGUCAGCGGCGAGUCGUUUUUGAUCACGAACGACGAUCCGCAACACUUCUACGACUUCAUGAGAAAGGUCUGGUCUGCAAGUGGGUACGGGGUGUCAGAGCUGAAGCCGUGGAUCAUACCUUCAAAGCUCGCGCUUGAGCUGGGAAGUGCAGGUAAUCUAGCAACUUGGGCUUCUACACUCGGCGGCAAGUCUUCCUCCACGUUGUCCCGAGAAAGCAUUGAGCACUUGUGCCUCAAUCGUAUCCACGAUAUCUCGAAAGCAAAGACCCGUCUGUAUUAUACUCCGUUGGUCUCGGUUGAUGAGGGAAUCCUGCGUGGAGUCAAGAGCUUAUCGUGA